AUGAGCAAUGCAACAUGGACUUUUGGUGAGCUGACCCCCCUUAGAAGGAGCGGCAGCAGACACAUCCACGUGUUGUUUACCAAUCGCAGGAAGGAAUAUGGCAGCUUAUUAAGCAUUAAAAAAUAUGGCGAAGGGAGGGACAGUUCCAAAAUGGUUCUCCUCGAUGUGGAAAAAUGUGAAGAGAAGAAAAUGAAGAAGAAGAUUCACCGAUACCUCAUCGGAGGAGUGUUUCUGUCAUCGAUGUGUAUCUGCUUAAUUGAGUUCGAUGUGAUUAGAAGUCUGUAUGGCUAUGUGCUUUCCUGUGGACUGCCGGCAUUUUAUAUCUUCCAGCUCUACUCAUACAACUCAGUUAUAUUGAGGGCAGUCCUGGAUGUCAAGAACAGACACUUGUUAUUGUACCCGUUUACAGUGAUUGCGAGACGGGGGAUGAAAAAACAAAUCAUUUUGUCUCUCCACGAAAUUGGACUGAUUCGAACGCAUGGGAAUUUUAUCAAAAUGUAUUUUAAGGGGAAGAGUUUACUCUCCUUUUUUUUUCAACACAACAUGCUUUCUCCGCUGUGCAUGCCGAGGUACACGUGUUCCCAGACCAGUGAACCCGCGAAGGGGGAUGUCGACGUGCUGUACCACUACGACUACAACAAUGUGAAUGUUUCCGCGUUUGGUCAAGGGGAUGUAGGGGGGCGCGGCGGAGUGGGUGGGGUUGCCCCUGUUGGGACUGCCUCCAUGGGUGGUGCUUCCCCUGGGGCCCUUCCCCGGGUGCGGAAGAAUGCGGAGGGCUACCCCCUGGACGUGAGGGAGGAGGCCAAGCUGCUUUCGCUGCUCCGCCCGGGGGGGUCGAACGUUGGGGAGUGCUCCCCUCGUCACGAUUAG